AAUAUGGUGGACAAGGAAUAAAUUUUUGCAAAUUUUCUGACAAUAUCCUGGCAAAAGUGUCUAAAAUGCACAUUGACAUAGACCAAGUAGCCUAGUCUAAGUCAUCUGCUUCCUUCACCUUGAGGUUAUCUGCCUCCUCCACCGCUGUAACUAUUCCAACAUGCAUGUACACACAUGUAAUGGACUGAGUAAAAACAUCCACUACCAGGAUUCACUAUGAUCAUUUCAGUGAAAAAGACUUUGUUGAUCUUUUUGUUAGCGAUCUUUUGUGUACAGUUGACAUUUUCUAGCUCAAACUAUCGCAAGGACCCCCAGGAUGGCACAUUACUUGGAGAUGUGCAGAACUGGGCAGCACUGAUACAGAACUAUAUACUCCAGCUUGCCAAUGAUGGUAUUCGGCGCGAAUACACCCAGUCCCUGUUUGAUCAAGCAAACUACACGUUCCAGAAGAAAGAUGGGACCGAACCUGUCGAUGCCGUUAAGGAGACUCUGGGCGAUUACUUCAGCAGAAAGAAGAGGGCAGCACAGUUGAUAGCGGACAAGGUGGUGGAACUCUAUGAAGAACAGGUCGCCACUAACUGGUCGUCUAUGAAGGCACCCCAGGACAUCCAUGCUCUACCGAUGAAUGUCUACAGAGAUUCAGACAUUCCCAGCCGAUUUCCUGAUGAUCUCCUUUUCAGCCCAUAUUUUAAACAAAACGUCAGCAUGAACUCCUCCAUUGUAAAGAUUUCUGAUGAAGUCCCACGGUCGGAUAGGGAAGUGAUCAGAUCUGUCAUGUUCACACACGGAUUGGAGAAAAUUUUCAGAAAAAAUGCAGGGGAUGAUCCUUACCUUAGAUGGCAAUACUUUGGUUCAAGCACUGGUGUAAUAAGGAUGUUUCCAGGAAGAGAAUGGGACACCAACUUUGCUGGUUUCUACAAUGACUACGACCCCAGGACUAGACCUUGGUAUAUUGCAGCCACAAGCGGACCUAAGGAUGUCGUUAUCAUUCUAGAUUGCAGCUUGUCUAUGGAUGGAGAGAAGUUUACCAUGGCUAAAGCAGUUGCCAAGACCGUUAUCAAUACGUUAACAAAGCAGGAUUAUUUAAAUGUCGUUAGUGCUCGUGCCAGCCAUUGGGAUGAAGUAGGAAAGUGGCACUAUCACGCGACUGAGGUGCUGAGCUGUAAACCUGAUAAGAUGGUCCCCGCUACUGUAGCUCACAGGAAAGAUCUCAUUGAAAAGAUUUACUCUCUUAAGGCUGGAGGCACUAGCGAACUAGAGAAAGGCUUCGAGAUGGCCUUCACCCUCCUACAGAGCAAGUCACGAACGGGUUGCCAAUCCAUGAUAAUAUUUGUGACAGACGGCAAGGAUACAGAUGGUGAGAACGUCAGGUGUGGUCCCGGGUACUACACCAGGAGUGGCUACGUGCCAGGACCAAUCUGUAAAUACAACUGGACGCAGGUCUGGGAUAUCGUCAAGACCAAACAGGAGCACACUGAACCAAAGGCCCGUAUCUUUAGCUACCUUACCAAAGACGAGGGUGAAGCCUUUCCUGGCCGACUGGCCUGCAACAACAGAGGCUACCUGGAGAAGCUCAUGAAUGGUGAAAAUCUCAUCUCGAAGAUGCAUCAGUAUUUUGAAUUUCUGGCCAAGAGUUCCAAGAACUCGGAAGGACUUUGGACGUCGCCGUAUAUCGAUGCUUGGGGACUUGGCCUGAUGGUGACGCAUGCUGUGCCUGCAAUUACCAAGAAUGGCAAGACGAUAGGUGUCGCUGGUAUCGAUGCCACUUUAGAUGAAAUUGAGAACUUCUUGACGAAACAUCAGUGGGGCUCCGUCACAUCAUUCCUUCUCAACAAUCAAGGCCAGACUAUAUUUCAUCCAUUACUCACACAAAGCACAGGGCUGAAAGAUGACCCAAUCUUCAUCCCGAUACACCAACUAGAACAAGACAAAGAGGGCAACCCGCAGGAAUUUAGUAAAGUGAAGGAUGAUAUGAUCAAGGGGAUACCGGGCCUCAAAAAGAUAAAGAAUGCCAGGAGGGGCAUUCAGAAGGGCGAUUACCGUGCCGGAGUAAAGUAUAUCAACCUGCCCCUCGAGUACUACUACGCGUCUCUCAACGACUCGGAAUACUCGUUCGCGUUUAAACUUGCGGCUACUGACAAGGUGUUUAGAAGAUCGCAGGCCGCGGCCGAGCAUGCAAACCAUACAAGUUACUUCAACCUUCUCAUUGAGUACAACAGUACGCAAGGUAGAAAGGCAUUGCCCGGAGUCUUUGAGGAGAUGCAUGUGUUGGAGAACACACCCAAGUACCCCUCCCUUCGAGUAACCUAUCUGUAUUCGAGUAUCUUCCUCGCUCCUAAAUGCCACUGCGAUCCCAAUAAAUACUUCUUCGAUGAUGAUCUGGCCCAGAAGACGAUCGACGCCCAUCGCUAUAUCAAUGGAAUCGAUCCCGAUAUCGGGUGUAAGGCAGGCGGAAAAUAUGAAAGGGGAAUUAUAGCUGAUGUCCUCAUCACGCAACCAGUGGAGGAAGUAUGGCGCGACCGAAGCUUUGAAUCCAUCGCCCAGGUCAAGUGGACGUAUGUUGGAAUGAGGAGUGGUGUAUUCAGGACCUAUCCUGGUCAUAGGUCGCGUCGGACUUAUGACUGCACACAACGUCCGUGGUAUCUCCGAACAGUCGCCAACCCGACCUUGACCUCCAUCUCAACUCCUUAUAUGGAUGCCGCGGGCGUGGGAAAGAUCAUCACCAUAUCUCAGGCGGUGUUUGAAGGGAUGUUGGGAAGGAGCAACGAGUGGUGUGCUGAAAGCUCGUUGACAGGACCGUGGGCAGGUGGCUGCAAGUGUAACCAAGAUGAAGAGUGUAUCAGCCACCGCUGUUACGUGAGUGCCGCACCCGGCCCCAACAAGCACAAGCGCCGUUGUGCUACGGAGAGGGUCGAGGCCGUCACAAGCCUUGAUAUCCUCUACGACGACUUCCACGACAAGACUAUCGACACUAUGCAGUCGAGUGACAGGCAGAUGAAGUCAUGUGGAAGGAAUUACAGGUGCCCCUCCGGCGAAAUGGGUUGCGUCACAAGGUGCUACCUCUUUGACAAUCGAGCCAACAUCAUCAUGGAUCCGGGUUUCAAACUGGCGAGUCCCCUCGAUACGAGCAAAUACAAGGGCGUGACUUUGGGGAAGAAGGAAGGUGAGGUGAUGAAGGAACUCAUCUACAGGCAUGGCUUCUUCAUUCGUACUGAAAGUAUUGACUUCCAAGGAGGAUGCAGCAUUUCUCCAUCAAAACCAAAGGUGACUCUGACUGGCUUCCCUAGAAAUCCAGAGGAGCAGGAUAAUUACUACAAAGACAAAGGCCCUAUUCCAAAGUUCAAUAACGAGUAUGGUUGCAUUCAGGAUGUGGUCGGCUAUGAAGCAAAUCAAACGGCACUUGGUUCAAGUGGUAUGGUGACGGGUAAUGUCUCCGGUCCCUGCAUGUCUGGAUUCUACUAUGUUAUCGCCCUGCCCAAGACAAAUCUCUACCUACUCGUCAUCGAGAACUGGAAGAACACUGGCUCGGAUGGAUUCUACAACUUCAAUUGCAAGAUUGCAAGAAGUAUUGUCAAUUCUGGAGCGUAUCGAAUCGUCAAUGGCACGUGUGCUCACCAAGAAACAUCUGCCUCUAGUCUCGCUCAACAAGAACGUUGUCCUGUGUUACGAGACAUCGAAUUAGAUUGUGAUUACAACAAGUCUUCACAAAUAUCACCAGGAAUAUUCAUAUUUGUGACAUUACUCUGCCUAUUCUGGCUUUUACCCACAUAGUGGUCUGAGAUCAUUUGGUGUUCAUUUGAGUAUACACAUAGCCUGAUUGGUGUUUUCACUUGUUUUCGGCAUUGAUGGAGACACCCCUUGGCAAUUUUGUACAAUUUACUCUGGCCUGUCUGGUACCUGCCCAUAGUCUUCCUUUACUGCAAAUCAAAAAAGAUUUGGCUGUCAGGAGUUGGUACAACUAACUCCAUGCCAAAAUAUGUGAUCAUACAGGAUCAAGCAAGGAAGAUCUCUCAGAGUACUGUAAUCCGGGAAAUAUUUAUGGCUAUUUAUAUUCCGCAGUUAUGUGAAAUUGCAUUUGACAACCCUCUGUAACUUGAUAUAGAUUUUCUUUUUUGUGCCGAGAUAAUUUUGUAUUUAUCGCAAAACGCAAGAAUAUAAUGCCCACAGAUAUUUCUAGGUAUACAGUAUCAUAUUGCCAGCUAUACCAUGUUUAAUAAGAAAACAUAUGACUACAAUAUUUUUCAACAUGAAAUGUUGAUGGAUGGAGUAUGUUUCAAGGGGAGGUUGAGACUUCCUAGAGAAACCCAUGUACAAACAUCAAAUUAUUUACAUCAUUAUAUCGUUCACAUAUCUCAUCACCGCUGGAGAGGACGUUUUCAGCAUCUGUGCUGUAAUCCAGUAGUUAUGAUCAUUAACUGAUACUGUAAUUCCAAAAAAUAUUUACACCUCUGCAAUUUACGAAAAUAUUUUUUGAAAUUUAUAUUUUGGCAGAUUAUGAAAAUCUGCAAUUCCAGUCUCUACCAGGCAUGGGAAAUAAAUUUCUUAAACCUGUUGCUACUGUGCGUAUCGACAUCCAUGUGCAAUAAAACUGAACACAAACAGUCGAAAAACCAUAUGAAUUCUCUUGCAUGUCUUGAUGUGUUUUGACUGUGUUUUGUGUGUAAUUGAUGAUACAGUAUCAUCUAUCAUUUACGACUCGUGUUCAAUUUGUUGUAAUAAGUUCAAAACUUGAUAUCACUUAUCUGCAAUUUUUUGUUAUAUUUUCUUUGUUAUAUUUACAUAGGGUGGUGUAUUUACAGAUUAUUAUGUAUAACCAUGCAUUUAUUAUAAAACAAAAUUACAUUUUAUAGAGUGUACGUGUAGUACCGUAGUUUCUGCAGUAGACCAUCUAGACUAAUCAUAAUAAACCUGAUAUUUCAGUUGAUGUAUUUGGCAGUAGAAGGCACCACUGAAAAUAUGUUUUCAGGUACCGGUCAGUAUAACCAGUUCAAUCAAAUAGAAGAAAAGAUUAAUGUUAUAGUUUUAUGUAAAACUAUAGAUCUGUGAUUUUAAAAUCAAAAUUAUAUACAAAGAUAUGUCAGUUUUACGAUAUUGUUUAUACAGGGUGUAAAAUAUUAUUCUUGCUACUUUUGGAGCAGCAUCUUUUAAGGGUAACCAGUUUUGAUAAUAGUGAGCAUCGAUCAGUGACAAUCAACAUAAAUCCCAUCACCACGUUUUUUCAUCACUGGCAGCCAUUUUUUAAUAAACGGUAUUUAAAAAACUUAACUCAACUUUAAAAGUAGCAAGACUAUUUUCUUACACCCUGUAGUUAUCCUCACAUGUGCAUUUAACGUUGAAGGUUUGUUGGUGUGCUGGUAACUUUUAUCCUAGUUAAAUAUGUGUAUCUGUUAGUCAAAUUUUAUACUUGUAUAUAAAAUAUACUUCUGUUGUU